AUGACUACAGGAGACCUAAAAAAUAACCUUCGAAAGCUAAUAUCUGAACUGAAGCAAAUUAAUUAUCCGCAAACUGAGCUCAACCUCAAAGGAAUCGCCCAGGGGAUUCCAAAAGCAUUUCUUCCAAUCGUUCAUCAUGUGUUCCUUGAUUAUUCUAUCUCACUGGCACAGUACUUUGCAUCCAAAGAAUACGAAUUUUACGGAAAAACGGAUUCACGGUUUAUGGAAACCGUAUACAAAGUUCUUCGUGACGAGUUUGGCUACAAACCACAGCUUACAAGGGAGCAAUUUCUAACGAUUGGAUUUGCUGAGAGAAAGAUUAUUUUUCUGUGCGCCAUCUUAAAACUCCUGAGAGAGAAACAUAAUGAGCUCAAACCUAAAGGCGGAAAAUUGAUCAAGAAGAAAGCGAAUCAAACUUCACAGAUGAAUGGCACCAACGUCAACGGAAUAAGCAAGGAAACACAUUUAAAGAAAGAUGUUUCGGCUCGCUCUGAUCAUUUUGCAGGACCUCUUCCUCCUGACACGGACAUGAAGAGGUUUCGGAGUAACGGAGAGGCUAUGAAAGCUGGUUUGGGAUUGAAAGAACCCCUCAUAACUCGUGAAUUUAUUGAGAGUGAGCACGAGAACCAUUAUAUGUCGAAAGCUGAAGGAGUAGAUGUAAACAUUGGUAAAUCAGGAGAAGUCCUAGCUGCUAAAACUAAUCCAUUUCCGUCAAAUUUGAUUGUCAAAUCCAGUGACCAAUCGCUCUUUGGUAAGAAAUUUCCAGUUUCUCAAAAUGUUGAGACUCGUUCAUAUUUGUUUGAUCGGCCUCAAGUUAAAUCGGUGACAUGGGAAGAUCAAGGUACAGACUCCCAGAGAUUUCCCACUGAACGACCUGAAAAAAUUUUAGGCAAACCUCAACCAAAUCCAAUAUCAGUACCAGUGAGUAUCCAUGAAAUUCCUUAUUCAGUGUCAUCGCCAGAAUAUUAUCCAUCAUCCUUUGAAGACACAGCCAACAGAGGAAUGAAUCCACAUUUGGCUCCAGCCCCAGUUACCAGGACAGCAGUGCCAGAACCAAGCCCAGAUCUGAUGCUCACGCCAACUGUCAAGAGCACUUGUUAUGAAGCCAUUCCCAUUUCCAGCUCUGAUUCACAAGUUUAUUUGCAUUCAGAUGACAAAAUUUCACAUGCAAGAGUAGUGAGGCACCCAAAAGCCAGUGAAGGCAAUACUUUCAAUGGCUUUGUAUUCAAUCCAGGUUCUUCUAUAGAAAACCAAGUUCUCAAACAACAGUUACAAGAGCUACAGGAGAAAUUUGAUGGUGUGGUAUUGCUGAACAAUGACAUGUCUGCAAGAGUUGCACUCUUGGAGAGUAAAGUGAAGUUACUAGAGGAAGCAUGCCAAAGAAAGUCUGACUGUUAUUGCAAAAAUCCCUUGGCUGCAAUACCUGCCAAGGAAAAAACAAUGAAACAAGAUGAUGCACAUGUGGUUGUGUCUGGUUUUAAUAUUCACGAUGAAACAAGAUCAACUGAACAAUCUCACAUGACUAGCCUGAGCAUACCACCUAAAAUAGUCGGGGGGAUAAACAGUGCAGUGCACAAAUCAACUAGCCAAAAACUGUUCAAAGAAACAACAACUUCUCUUGGCAAUAAUGAUGCAGUUAUUGAAUCAUCUUCUCAUUCAGAAGUGUCUGAUGAUGAUCAUGGCAAAGAUGAUGAUGAUGAUGAUGAUGAUGGGAAUAGUACUGGCAAAGUUAACAGCAUUCCAUCGGAUCAGAAAGAUGCAGAUAUCAUCAUAAGUCCCUUUCCUUCAUCUUCAAAACUUUCAGCUGUAUUUUCUGACCCUUCAACAAAGAAUUCUGUAGUAAAUGUCCACAAACGGCUCCAGGAAACCAGGGAGCUUCUCAGAAGGACAAACAGAGACUUUGCAACAAAGUUUUGUCAUUACCAAGUUGAAUAA